AUGACGGAGCGUAAAAAAGGGUUAUUUCAGAGCGAAACUGCCCCCCAGCCUGAAUCCUUGACGAAGCAUCGUAAACUCCCUGUAGUCGACAGUGAGAGUGACAGCGAUGAUUAUGACCUUGGUAUCAUCAGCACGCUUGAUUCCAGUUCCGGAGAGGAAACUGAUCAAAAUACUCCGACGACCCCUGAUCGGUCCCUUUGGCACACAGAAAGUUGCAGUAGCUCCCUAAAAGAUCUCAAUUUCGACUCCGACUCGGCAACGGACUCGAAAGAAAACACGCCCAGUAAAACAUUACGAAGAUCGGCGCGCAGGCAGAAAACGACACCGAAACUGCACAGUUUCAAAGGUGUUUUGCUCGAGCAGAAGAAAAACGUAUCACCAAUGAAAUAUCCUGUUGUGUGCUUAACGAAGAUGGACAUGACAAGUCUCGUGUCGCCGACGCAGAUGCUCAAAACACCUCACACAACGUCUGAGGUAAAAGCGUCGCCGCCGAAACUGAAUCACAACAGGCGUUCGGCAUUAGAAAUAGAUGAGAGCCCUGAAUCCUUGUCCAAUGGCGAGAAGAGUCAUAAGAGGUUGCAAUACGACGGCAUGUCUGAUAUCGGCCCGACAGCCAAGUACCCGAGACUGGACUCGAGCACGGCUCCCAAAGCGCGCUUGUCGUUGUUCAACAGCGAUAGGCUGAAAGAGAUUUUGUCUGCUAAGUCGUUCUAUGGAAAAACCAACCCAGACCUGAAUGUCAGCGUUACCACGAAAAUAUCGCAUGCCAUAGAGGCCACGAACAGCCACCCGCGCCGUCCAUUCGUCCAUUCCCACUCGGCGCGACGCAAGAGGAAACCGGGCCAGAUAAACUUGGGCGUCAAGCACAAGAUUCGCAAACCGAAAUACAACAAAAGCAAAACGGCCAGCGUGAAGGGUAACAAUUCGUUUCCUGAAACGAUAACCGAAACUCUCAAUAAAAACGCUACGGCGAACCCUAAGGCAAAUGAUAGUGGUGUGUUCAAUUUAUCACCGGAGUUGGUGCAAGACAAAGUUGAUCCAUUUGUUGAAGAGAAGCAAACUAUAGAUACUCUUCUAAGCCAAUGGACGGAGGAGGAACUUCCAGAAUCAGAGUUAAUAUUCAAGCCAAAGGGGGAUGUCCCAUGCUUUAGCAGAACAAUAAUAGAGGAGACUAGUCAGAUUUUUCAACCGGUUACAGCUAUACCUGUAGCCAGCGUUUCUCUACCACAAGACUCUGACGCUAUCAUUGUUGAGUUGGGUGCCCAGAAGAGUCCUGACAAAAAUGCAAAAUCAGUUGAAGUGGUUACAGCUCCACAAGAUGUUGUUAUGGUGGACUCUAGUGUGGAUACAGAGGACCACAAUGAAACCGAAAAGACCGGAGAAUUCCUACCCGUUGACGGCGGAUUUAUCGUAGUUGCGAGUGAGGAAGUGCCAGAGCAAGAGGAGUUACCGGACCUGGAUGAAAUCGAGCGCGAGUUGAAGAUGCUGGACGAGCAGAUUCUGCAGAUGGCGCAAUCGAACAACAUAGACGCUGAGGCUGUGUUCGCAUCUACUGAGACAAACAUCCCACCCGUCAGUCCCUCCAUCACUACGCCAGAGGCUAAAAGAGAAGCGCUGAAGCAGAAACCGCUGAAACUGUUCCCGAUAUUCAACAAACCUAACCCCGGAAUGUCUACUCCGUCCAAAGGCGCCGAAAAGAGCAGGCGUUCGAUUCUUAAGUCUAUAAGCAACCAAUACGUGAUAGACGCGGGCCAGAAGAAGUUCGGCGCGACCCAGUGCAACGAGUGUGGAGUUAUUUAUCAGAUAGGAGACCCUCAAGAUGAGCAUGAUCAUUUAGUUCACCAUAAUGCCACGGAUGUCCUCAAGUUCAAUGGCUACAAGGAGGAGUGCGUGGUGGAGCGCACGGGGACGGCGCGCUGCGUGCGCGUGCGCGGCGGCGAGCUGCAGCGCGGCUGGCGGCGCGUAGAGGCCGUGCUGGCGCGCGUAGUCCACGCGCAGCUCGGCUACGAGGCGGCGCUGCCCCGCGACCAGCACGUCUACACCGCGUACUUAUACGUCGAGAAGAAACAGAUCGUCGGAUGCCUUAUAGUGGAGCCUAAAAUAAAAGCAUAUAAAUUGAUACCUGGCGAGCCAGAUUGCUGCAGCGUGGAAGAGUAUCCUGUCAAAUGCGGCGUCUCGAGGAUCUGGACGCACUCGAGCUACCGCCGCCGCGGCGUCGCUUCUUGCCUGCUGGACUGCGCCAGGGCGUCGCUCCUGCACGGGGAGGCGCUCAGGGUGUCGGACGUGGCGUUCAGCGCGCCCACCGCCGCCGGCAAGGCCUUCGCCACCAAGUACACGGGCACCAACAAUUUCUUCGUGUACGUGGAU